CCUACUUGCCUCACUACUGUUAUCCCUUCUUUCUGUCACAACCCAAAGUUGUGAGUUUUUGUUUGUGUGCGCUUCGGCAUCGCUAAAUUAUGUUCCCGCUAAAUUGCAGUUUCCUUGCAUGGUGGAGUUCUCUGCUGCAGAAGAGAACUCCGGUGCAACGGGGAAUUUCCCGCCAAUUUGUAGCUUUCUUUGCAUGGUGCAUUUCUUUUGCAUCUCAGAGAUGCACGGUGCAAAGGAGUUCCCGCCAUUUGUAUGAGAGUUCGUGCCACAUUAUUGGCCGACUCUAAUAUAUGCACACGUAACGGCUAGCGAUUGGCUUGCUAGCCGUAUAAAGUGCUUGGGUGGCUUCUGCCCAAAUUGGAGAGAAAUCACUUGGAGAGAAAUCACUUGAAGAGUGUGAAGAUCUCUAAGUGCUGCGGAUCCUCACGGACCCAAUGCAUUUCUUAAGCAGGCAACAGAGGUCUAAACAGCCUCUGGCCUCUCCCUGUCGCCAAGCGCAAUCCUAGACAUAUCCCUUUCCUAUAUACUCAAUUUUUGAACCCACAGAGAUUUAACAACUCCGGGGCCUGAGAACCGAACAGAGCCCACAGAGCUUCGACAACUCCGUGGGAAAGAAAUUGCCGAACCCGCGGAGCCUAAACAACUCUGGGGCCAAAGAACCGAAUUUGUCGUAGUCCUCCAAUGAGGAUUUAAGCAGAGCUGCACCUGGAAACUGUCCAGCCUACACCACGACCAUCUUGGGUGUAAGUAAAUAAUCUUUAAAUCAACCAUUACGCCUCUGUGACUAAUUCCAACCCAUGCGCGCCUUGCCGCCACACGGUUCUCUCCAGCCCCGCGUGCCCGGGCUGCUGGCCACAGCCCAUGUGCGCAAAGACGGGCCCGGCUCACUCCCGGCCCGCACAUGGUGACGAGGAUGGGAUCAGGAGAGGACACGCUAGAGCUAGAAUUGGUUAAGAACUGCCCUUGGCGCGAUAACCAACGCCAAGUGAAAAGCUUUGAGGAACUGGAGGCGCAUCUCGCUUACCACCAGGCGGGCGGAACGGGUGAAAGAUUUGUGAGCGGACGCCUGUCGCUGAAGGGAGAAGAGGGAGUCUCCGAAGACGGAGCCCCCAGAGAGAGGGAAGUGUAUUUGGUCCCCGCGGUGUUCGGGUGUAUAAUGAGAGACGAACGGGUCCUGUUCAGGCCCCUCGAUACUGUGUCCCUCGCCAGACCCAACCCGGCGGGCAAAACAAACACGACUUUCACCCGGGAAUGUGCCCGAUGCCUACGAUAUGCUCGGGAGAGUGAAGAACCGGAGCCAAUCGGCCGGUUCCCUCCCCUCAUGGCGGCUAGAUUAAGGGGUCGAGAGCUACCAUCCGAGCUCCGUGAAGACAUGGAAGCGGAGGAACGAGCCGCAGAUGAGAGGGUGGCCCCAUGGUACAACAAGGGGGGAGAAUGUAGUGCAACUUUUCGUACUGUAAUGAAUCUAAUGCACAAGAACUUAAGUUUGAAAGCCCAGCUGCAGAUGGUGAUCCAAGCGGUCAAAGAAGCGGAUGAGAAAAAGGAGCCUGAAACGCCAGUCCAAGAUGGCACCGAGCAAGAGGGAGACCGCGUGGAAGAACCGGAAAAGAAGGGUGGAGCUUCGGAGGAACCCGCGAGAGUUCGGUCAGUGACUCCGCCCAUCGAUGCAGCGUCGUCGCCGGCAACCCCGCCUAGCGACGCAGCGACGCCUCUACCGACCACGCCUUCCUGCCGACGGAGAGAGUUAAGCAGAGGAGUGCAUCCGCCCCUCCUGCCUGAAGCAAUAACAGCAACAGUGACUCCUGCAGCAGCAGUUCAGCCUAUAACAACAUCAACUCCUGAAAGAACAGCUUUCCCUACAACAACGACUGAUCAAAUUGCUACGGCCUACUAUGCUCGCACCAGAGCUGAGUUGCAGGAUUUGUGUAGAGCAUCAAGAAUUCAACCUGAAGAGACUCUAGCUGUAUGGUUAGGACGUUUAGUCGUGGAACUUGGAUCCGACCUGCUGAACCAGGAAGAAGCAAGCUUCCUAGUUAGACAAGCUUCAUGGAGUAGAGGACAUGUCACUGACAUCGACAUGAUAACAAUUAAUACUCACUGGCCUAUUCCACUGCCAGCGCUUGUUGCAGGACUGAUUAGUCAGAAAGCCCACAUGUGGCAUGCAGGAUGGCCAGAAUAUAUCAGCGCAGAGCAUCUUAUGCUAGCAAUCAUCGGCGUCUCGUACUGUGCCUGGAACCCCAGAGCAUGUGCGCUGGGAUUGACAUCACUCCAGCGAAUAAGACCAUGGCCUCAUCGUCACCUGUGAGAUCCUGGAACCGUUCCAGUAACCGUUCACAGCCUAGACAGUGCCUCAAGGUUUAUGGGCAGAAAAACAUCAUCGUCCUUCAGAUUCUGCUCAGUCCAAUGGUAAACCAACCCAUGAGUAAUCUUCUUUGUCAGUUGUCACGACUGCAUAUCCUGAUGGAGCCAAGAUUGUCUCUUGAUCGGGACUGUCGACACCCGACCGGACCUCAAGGCACCAGACGUCGUGAAUCCGAUCUUCCACCACUGCCACCGAGAACCUUAGAGGAGCAAUACAUGUUUGGAUUUCUCCUGCAGCGUUCCGGACUUAACAAGCGGCAGCUUUGGAUUUUAGGAGACGCAGGCCAAUGGCAAUUGGCUUAUGAGUUAGGUUUUCGUUAUUUAGAAGAGCCAGAUGAUGGAUCCUCAACGAUUUCAUCCAGUUGAGUCAUGGAAAUUGUUUAAAUCUGUUGAAUAAAAUCAUUAAUCUAUUUUUUGAGAGUUUUCUGUUUACAGAUCUGAGAUUCAGAGUGCGUGGCGAAGAGGAGCCCUGAGAGGGAUGAUAUCACCUAAAGAAGUGAAGGCCUGACGCGCAACUUCGCCAUGACAUCCACUGAAGCCCUGAUUGUGCAAUUUUGUUAUGAAUCAGAUUAUGUGUUUGUGUUAAUUAUUGUUUCUUGAUUGUUAUGUAACUUAAUCCCAGGGCAGCGAAUUUUAUGUUUGUUUAUUUGUUUGUUUGCUUACCUGUUCGUUUGACGACUCACGACAAGGUUCUAGAGUGAUGAGUGUAUAGCAUAAUUUAGCUAUGCUCUCAGCAAGGGGGGAUGUCACAACCCAAAGUUGUGAGUUUUUCCACCUCCCUCCCUUUCCCCACCCCCAGCCUGUACUGAUACUAGAUCUCUAUCUGUUGAGCAGAGCAGGCACAGAGCAGGCUUGACAGCUCCCUGCUUAUCAAUCUUCUAGUGGCAGGUGAGAGCUGUGCACAUUAGAGAAUGUAUUAACUUUUCACAUGCAACUACUCACAGCACUGUGCAAACUUUAAUAAUGAUUAACAUUCCUUAGAGGUAGCAUUUGCUAAUUGUAAUGUGUAACCAGGGGUGGAUCCAGGAUUUCCCGAAGAGGAGUGCCAAAACAGCAACCUGCACUGCAGAGGAGGCUGUACCCCUGCUCCCAGACUCCUUCACCUCCACCAGUGUGGGCAGACAGAGCUGCAGGAGCCUCCAAGGAGUUUUUUAAGUCCCUAAAGCAGGAACCCUUGAACAGUCACAUUGGGUAGCAUCGCCACCAAGAUUCAAAAGAAAAGGGAAUUGUCCACCAAGAAACAAGUUCAUAGCCAAAGCAAAACAAGUCAAAACAAAUCAAUAGCAUUCUAAAUGCUCAUCAUAAAACUUCAGAAAAUCCUUGAAGAUCCUACAUGGAAAUAGAGUGAAGAAUUCCAUACAAAAUAUUUGUCCAUGGCCUCUCAGACUGUCCAAACAAUCAAGUGUAACCAAUUUCUCCACAGAGAGAUCUUAAAAUGUCCCAAGAAGAUAUAGGUUCUGCAUAAACGAGCAUCUACUAAGAAUGUAAAAUAUAUCCAAGAUUAAUAUCUUGCCCUAUGCAAAAGCUCUGAGUGGCUUACAACAAACAAACAACUCACAGUCAAUCAGCUGGUGUGCUGUCCUCCUAGUACCAAAACAUGAGAUAUGAUUAUAGUCUUCUGAGGCUGCUGAACAGGAUUCCACAGCUAGCAGCCCAUAUUGCUUCUACUUCAUUGCUUCUGCUUCAACAGAUAACAGAUAACUUUAGUAAAAUUCUGGUUGCUGAAGGUGAAGAAUGUCCAAGUUAACAUAUACGUUUUUCCAGUCCUAUAAUCAAACAGAGAAAGCAGAAGAUACUAAAAGUGAAGUGUUGGCUGAAUAAGUAGUACAUAAUACAGGAUUGGGGAUUUGUGAAGCACUGGUCUACCCUUCAUGGUGAGAAGGUUCCAUACAGCUGGGGUAACUUCUCUGUCAGUAGAAGAGGAACCAGUAUUGUAGGGAAUAAGCUGGAUGAAGUAUUCAGGACUUUAAGGUAACAACAAAAGAUGAAAAGUAGGAACAAAUUAAUUCUUAUUUAACACUAACUCAAGAUAUUUAGCUGAGACAGUAAGAAAUGGGAAGACAAAAUCCAAUGCUAGUGGCCUAGAUCAGUGGCUUUUGGCCCCACAGGCUAGAUGAAUGGUGUAGGGUCAGUCUACAAAUUGGAUUAAGCCCUGCAUACUAGGAUUGGGCCCCAGGGAACUGGCACCACCAUUUUCAUUGUUGUAUGCCACAAUUGGGCUGCAGGGGCCUGAUAUCCCCUCCUGGCUUUCUACACCAAGAGUGGGCCCUGGAACCUAUGGCCCAGCAUGGCCCGUGUAUGCCAGGAUUGGGCCCCGGGGUCCAGCGCUGUCCCUGCCCGAUCCCGCACAUGGGGCUCCCUAUGGGUCCAGAAAUUUGGUAGCAAGGGAUUGGUUCCACCACACCACCACUGCCACAUUUCCAGACCUGCGGGGAACUCCCCAAGGUGAAUGACUCAGUGUCCCUGGCCUAGAUAAAAAAAAAAGUUUUAGAAUUAUUCAUUUAUGCAUGUACAAUUAACAUAAAGUACUUAUGGAUCAAAGUCCAAACAAAUAAAGCAUAAAGUAAAGCAACAGUUAGUGUCUGGGAAAGAUCAUCAAAAAACAGUAGAAAUGGGAUGAUUGACUUCUAAAACACCUCUCUGCAAUAUGAAGAAAGAAUAGCUGAAUUAUCAUUGGGUCUAAGUACCAUAUUUACUCAAAUAUAAGAUGGCCCCUCAUAAUUAGAUUCUACAUAUGGAAAAAUUAUAAAUUAGUUAUAAUUUUCUAGGUAUUGAGUCUAAGGAUUGGAGAGUUGUCUUGAAUCCACCCCCACUGCAACAGCAAGGAAAGUAGGCAGUGACUGGGAGGGGGAGGGAUGAGGUGACCCCCUUGCCCUCUGCCCCACCCACUUCUUCCCACUGCAGCCUUCUUGCCCCCGUCACCUGCUCCCUCCAUGCCACUCUCUGUCUCUUCCCCCUUGCUCCCCCCCAGUCUCUGCCUUUCCCCCCACCUCCUGCUCCCAUACUCUGCCUCUUCCCCUUCCCCCCACUUACUGUCAGAUGCUACUCAGGCAGCUCCCUCACUGAGCCCAAAACAUGGAAGCACAGCCCUUGUCUAGGCAUAAAAUCAUAGAAAAUUAGGGUUGGAAGAGACCUCAGAAUGUCACGUAGUCCAACCCCCUGCUCAAAGCAGGACCAGCCCAACUAGAUCAUGCCAGCCAGGGCUUUGUCAAGCUGAGCCUUAAAAACCUCCAAGAAUGGAGAUUCUUCCACUUCCCUAGGUAACGUGUUCCAGUGCUUCACCAUCCACCUACUGAGAGUUUUUCCUAAUCUCCAACCUAAACCUCCCUUGCUGCAACUUGAGGCCAUUGCUCCUUGUUCUGUCAUGACUCAUCUGUCACCACUGAGAACAAUUUAGCUCCAUCCUCUUUGGAACUCCCCUUCAGGUAGUUAAAAGCUGCUACUGAAUCCCCUCUCCGUUUUUUUCAUAUAUUCACAGAUGAUAGAGUCAGAGGGGACCCAAUGGAUCAUCAUGUCCGACCCCCUGACCCUGGCAGGAAAGAGGACGGUGGUCAGAUGACCCUAGCCAGGUGAUUGUCACGCCUCCCCUUGAAGACCUCCAAGUUAGGUGAUAGCACCACCUCUCUUGGAAGCCAAUUCUAGACUCUGGCCACCCUUAUUGUAAAAAAUGUCUUCCUAAUAUCUAACCUAAAUCUACUCUCCACUAGUUUGCACCCAUUAUUCCUAGUUACUCCUUGGGGUGCUCUGGUAAACAGCACAUCCCUAAUUCCCUGCUGUCCUCCCCUCAUAAAUUUAUAGGUGGUUAUAAGGUCACCCCUCAGCCAUCUUUUGUAUAGGCUGAAGAGAUCCAGAUCUCUCAACCUGUCCUCAUAGGGUCUUUCAUGGAGACCACUAAUCAUUUGAGUGGCCCUCCUCUGAACCCUCUCCAGAUCCUCCGUGUCCCUCUUGAAGUGCGGUGCCCAAAACUGGACACUACUCCAACUGUGGCCUGAUUAAUGCUGCAUAGAGGGGGAGCACCACCUCCCUCAAUCUGUUGGUCAUUCAUCUGCUAAUACACGACAAGGAGUCAUUAGCUUUGUUGAUGGCCUUGUUACACUGCUGGCUCAUGUUCAUCUUGGAGUCAACUAUGACUCCAAAAUCUGCCUCAGCCUCUGAGCUGCUGAGGAGGACAUCCCCCAACCUGUAGGUGUGCUGGGGAUUCCUCCUUCCUAGGUGGAGUACCUUUCAUUUAUCUUUGUUGAAUUGCAUCCUAUUAUUUUCUGCCCAUUGAUCUAACCUGUCCAGGUCGGCCUGUAUCUGCUCCCUGCCCUCUGGUGUAUUAACUUUGUCCCAUAAUUUGGUAUCAUCCGCGAACUUGGAGAGGGUGCUCACCACACCCUCGUCUAAAACACUGAUGAAGAUAUUAAAUAACACCAGCUCAAGGACCAAACCACUGCCCACCUCCUUCCAGGCCAAGAAUGACCCAUCAACCACCACUCUCUGGGUGUGGUCCCUAAGCCAGUUAGCCAUCCACCUGAGUGUGUAGGUGUCCACUCCAUAGCCUGUAAAUGUCCCUAUGAGACUAGGAUGCAAAAUUGUGUCAAAGGCCUUCCUAAAAUCCAGGUAGAUGACAUUGGCCUCUGCUCCUGUGUCAACGCAGUGUGUGACCUGGUCAUAAAAGGCUAUAAGGUUUGUCAGGCAGGCUCUACCUGUGAUGAACCCAUGCUGGUUUCCUUUCAGCAUUGUUUCCCAUGCUGGGCUUUCACAAAUAUGCUCUCUGAUGAUUUUCUCUAGUAUUUUCCCAGGGAUAGAGGUAAGACUGACUGGCCUAAAGUUACCCGGCUCCUCCCUUCUCAAAAAUGGGCACUGCAAUGGCCUUUUUCCAGUCCUCAGGGACCUGGCCAUAGCACCAUGAGUACUCAAACAGCCAUGCCAGUGGCUCAGCAAUGACACUGGCCAAUUCCUUCAGCACCUAUGGCUGGAGGCCAUCUGGGCCGGCUGACUUGUACUCAUCCAGCCCUUCCAAGUGCCCUUUAACUGAGUCAUAACUAACCAUUGGUGGUCUGGUGCCUUUUGGACUUCUGUCUAUGCUCAAGGUGGACAGAUUGUCUUGGGCAGUAUUAAGGAAUGCUGAAGUGAAGAACUCAUUGAAGAGCUCUGCCUUUUUGUCUGUGUCAACCACCAACUGACCUGAUUUGUCCUGCAGGGGCCCAAUGCUACUCUGCACCUUCUUUUUGCUCGCUAUGUAUCUGUAGAAACUCUUUUUAUUGUCCUUGAUUGUUGUAGCCAGCCUAAGCUCCAGUCCUGCCUUGGCCUGCCUAACUGAUUCCCUGCAAUAGCGUGCCAGGGUGGUGUAUGCCUCCUUGGUGGCUGCCCCCUGCUUCCACUGCCUGUACAUCUCUUUCUUUGCCCCCAGUCUUUCCUGAAGCUCCCUGUUCAUCCAAGGGGACUUUUUUAUCCCCUUAGCCCCUUUCCUGCAUAAUAGGAUAAACUCCUUUUGUGUCCCAAGGAUCACUCCCUUGAGAAACUUCCAACCGUCUUGGACCCCCAUUAGCCUGAUGCUCUUGAAUACAGCCACCUCACUUCUCUUCUGCAGACUAAAUAAGUCCAGUUCCCACAGCCUAUCCUCAGAAGUCCUGUGCCCCACCCCCUGAACUAUUUUCAUUGCAUUCAGCUGGACUCUCUCUAGCUUGUCCACAGCCUUUUAUAUAGUGGGGGUCCAAAAACUGGACGGAGUAAUGAUGACUGUGAAAGCUUGGCUGGAUCUACACAUGAACUUUAAAUGACCAAAUUAAAAUAAUAGUGCAUCUUGCAUAAGAAUGCAAGAUUGUGACUGGGAUCAUGCAAAAUAAAGCAAUCCCAUUUGAUUUUGUUGGCAUAAAUGUCCAACUCAGGAUCCUUAAAAUUCUAGUUUAUUAGGCAGAUUGAAACACUGUAAUGAAGUCAAAUCAUAAACCUUGGGGCUGGUCCCCACACACACACACACACACACGCACACGCACACACACAGUAGUGAGCUACAGGAGUCGGGUAUACCUAUCCCACAGGCACUGGAGUCUGCCGUCGAUGGCCAAUCGAGGCUUCUUCCAGUGUGGUGUUAUUCUCCAGAAGGGAGGUCGCCAGCUGGUCCUUCUGGCUGGACAGGUUGGGUGCUGGUCAAGUUGGAGAUCAA